AUUCUUAGGGCCUCAAAAAGCAUAGCAUCGGCCCUGCCCCCGCCCCCCAUUAGAGAAGUGGACGGCGUGAGAAGUGGACGGCGUGACACCAUUUUGUGCACGACACGUGCCAAAUAUAGUUUCCCAGAAUCACUACUUAAAGUGAAAAGAACAGUGAGGAAGUGGGAGAUAAUUAUAUUGUUUGUUUUGGAUUCACUCUGUGACUACAAUGGCGUACACAUCAUCCCUAAAUGAUCAUCUGUCCUGUUCCGUUUGCUGUGACAUCUUUGAAGACCCGGUUAUCCUAUCGUGUAGUCACAGUUUCUGCAAAGGCUGUCUGCAGAGUUGGUGGACGAAGAAACAGGAACAGCAGUGUCCACUUUGCAAGAGGAGAUCUUCAAAAACCGAACCACUCAGGAACAUUGCUCUGAAGAACCUGUCGGAGGCCUUCCAGCGGGAGAACGCGGAUCUCUGCCCUCUGCACGGUGAGAAACUCAAGCUCUUCUGUCGAGAUGACCUGGAGACGGCGUGUGUCAUCUGUCGACAUUCUGAAAAACACGCCAACCACAGAUUCCUUCCUGUCGAUGAAGCUGCCAUGAUCCACAGGGAAGAAAUUCAGAAAUUACUAAAACCCCAGAAGGAGAAGUUAGAGGUUUUCGUGGAGACCAAUAGAAAGUGUGAGAACAUAGCAGCGCACAUUAAUAUCCAGGCCGCGCACACCGAGAGACAGAUUCAAAAGGAGUUUGAGAAGCUUCACCAGUUUCUCGAAGAUGAAGAGGAGUCCAGGAUCACUGCGCUGAGAGGCGAAAAGAAGUUGAAAGGUAAGAAGAUAAAGAAGGAGAUUGAGGAGCUGUCGAAGCAGAUAAAAAACAUUUCGCACACAGUCACCGAGACGGAGCGCCAGCUGGGGGCUGGAGACAUUCCCUUCCUGAAGAAGUACAAGGCUACAAGAGAGAUAGUAGCCCAGCCCCCACCCUGGCCAGGUCUCCCCUAUGGAGCGCUGCUGGACGUGGCCAAACACCUGGGCAAUCUGGCCUACGCAGUCUGGAAGAAGCUGGAGGAGAACGUCUCCUACUUCCCUGUGAUCCUGGACCCCAACACCGCCAGCUCCGAUCUCCACCUGUCUGAGGACCUGACCAGCGUGAGAUGUGGAGCGAGACAACAGCUCCCCGAGAACCCAGAGAGGCUAUAUUAUGGCGUGCUGGGAUCUAGGUCCCUUGAAUCAGGGCCCUACACCUGGGAGGUAGUCGUAGAGGGGGGAGACAGCGCUCGGUGGGAGCUGGGUGUUAAAAUGGGUAUCUACCAGCCACCAGGAUCGCAGAGCAGCAUCCAUGUUAAGUGGUUAAAAAUAGUGUUAGAUAGGCCUAACGGUAGAUACGAAUCAGCGUCAUCAAAUCGAUCUGGAGGAUGGGAUCGGGAUGUUCUCCGAGUGAUGCAGAAGUCACACUGGAUCAGAAUGAGGUGGGAUACUAUGAACACUUCUGUUGUAGUGUCUUUCAGAGAUCCUCAAACCAACCAGAUUAUACUCUCAUCGGAGGUCCCAUCAAUGGAUGUACUCCCAUUUAUCCAUACCACUGAUACGGUUCCUCUGAAGAUUUCCCCAUGGAACAGAACCAUGUGAGUGUACCUGUAGGCUACUGCUCUUUAUUUCUGUGUUCUAAACCAUAUUCUGCAUUGUUCUUGUUGAAUCGGUAAGCGAUGGUAAACAUAUCAAGGAUUUAAUAAAUACAUCUAAAGACAUGCAUGUUUCCUUGUCACAUGGUCAGCGACGAGGGUUGGGGAUAUGGUUUCCUAAUUACAUCAGAUCAGGUUAUACGUUUAAUAUGUACAAUUAUGAAUUAUAACUAGCCUACAUGGAACAGGGUUAUAUUCUCGGUAAAUGUCAGACAUAAUCAAAGUAUUAUUAGUUAUUAAAACAGGUUGAUUGCCGGGGGAGCUUCAGAGGUAAUUGGCAGGCCUGUUUGUCAGUUUGAUUUUAAAGUCCAAAUUAGAUUUUUAAGAAAAAUUUUCUCUUUCGGUAGUGUUGACAGGAAUGAGAGAAUAAUAAGAAAGAAAGUUAAUAGGGGACCAAGAAUUUGGGUGAGUGCAAAUGUGAUCAAGUACAUCCUACAGUGACAUAC